AUGACUCAUGAAAUUUAUUCUUAUUCAUUAGACGAUCUUGAUAAAUUAGAACAAGAUUUAAAAUUCCCCAAAUUCGAUACUAAUAUUGCUUGGCAAUUAGGUUCAUUUGCUCGGAAUUUUGCUAUUGAAAAAUAUCCUAACAAUAGUAUAAUUAUUAAUAUUACUUUACUGAAUGGACAUAAUUUAUUUCAAACCGCAAUUAAUAAUGGGACAAUAUUAGAUAAUGAUAAAUGGAUAAAUCGUAAAUUUAAUACUGUAAUUAGAUUUGAAAAAUCAAGUUUUUGGUUAGGACAAAAAUUAAGAAUUAAAAAUAAAUCAAUUGAAGAAGCAAAUUUUAUAUCUUCUAAUGAUUAUGCUAGUCAUGGUGGUAGUAUUCCUUUAAAAUUAGUUAAUUUUGAUGGUAUUAUUGGUGCUUUAACCAUUAGUGGAUUAGCUCAAGAAGAAGAUCAUUUAUUAGCCAUUGAAGUUGUAAAACAAUUUCUUAUCCAACAACAAGAACAACAAGAAUAA